AUGGCUGGAGAGGAGGGAGCAAGGGAGAGUAGUGGGUCGAUUGGGCAGGGUCUUGGAGGGAGGCCCCAUCUGGCCCUUCCCCAGAACGUGACGCUGCUCUCCCAGAACUUCAGCUUGUACCUGACAUGGCUCCCAGGACCUGGCAACCCCCAGAACGUGACCUAUUUUGUGGCCUAUCAAAGAGGUGAGGAGAUUGAGCUCAGAGAGUGCCGGGAUUUGUCCAAGGAAGCCAGUGAUGGAGCCAGAAGAGUGGAGCCAGCCCCACCCGUCCUGGUGUUCACCCUGACGGAGGAGAUCCUGAGUGCAAGUGCCACAUACCAGCUGCCACCCUGCACACCGCCACUGGAUCUGAAGUAUGAGGUGCAAUUCUGGAAGGAAGGGACCAGAAACAAG